UACAAGUGGUGUCAUUCGGCAUUAAUGUGUUUGCUCGCAAAAAACAAAGACAACUUCAUUCGAGUUUUCGUAGGUUGUACGUGAGAAGAAGACUGGGACCAGAGUAGUGAGAAAAUGCAGGCUGUGAAGGACAAGCUGCAUGACAUGAGUGAGAUGCGCAAGGCCAAGGCCGAAGCAAAGGCCGAAGAGAAGGCCGAAAAAGAUAUAGCAAAAGCUAGAAUGGAGGUUGCUCAUGAGGUGAGACUUGCGAAAGAGGCCGAAGCUGCAAUGGGAAUGCAUGUGGCCAAGGCCGAGCAAAAGCUGGUAGAAAGGGAAGCAGCCAAGCAUGAGCCUAAGCAGCCUGAUGCAAGUGGCAUCGACCCCCAGGCAGACCAGACUGGAAACAGCAGCGCCCCUGCUGUGCUGAUGCAUUCUGCAGAUCGAGCUCCAUUUACCCACUCUGCCCGACCAUUCGUCAACUAAUUAUUUAGUUGUUGUUCAAUUGUAUGUUGAAUCUCGUGAUUUGACAUGCACAUGAUUCAUGUUAGCGAUCAUUCUCGCCUCUUAUACAUGAAUAUUGUUGGUCAUGUUACACAUAUAUAAUCUCGAGUAGUUGUUGCGAGGUUCAUUAAUACAACUAAUAAAAUAUAUAUAUGAAUAUUUUUUUUUUGUAUUAACUGAUCAUGAUGUGACGGGAAAAUAGAUUUCGAUUAUAAUCUAUAGAAUUUGUGAUUUGUGUACUUCUUUACGUAUAAGUACAGAUCAUGAUCAUCGUGACUUGGCUAA